GUGGAGGCUCUCAGCUGUUGCGGAACAGCAAAUCAGAUACGUCUCUAAUAUUUGGUGAGAAGCCAUACCGUGUGUUCGAAGUUGCCCUUGCUGAAACAAUCGGGACAGGAAUGCUCAUGUUUUUUGGCUGCAUGGGGCUUGUCUCAGGGUUUGCUGGUAAGCAGUUGCCAUCCAUGCAAGGAGGUCUCAUCUUUGGUUUUGUCGUCUCAACUAUCAUCUGUAUAUUUGGACACAUUAGCACAGCUCACUUGAAUCCAGCUGUUACUGCAGCAUCAGUUGUACUUGGGAACACUACUCCUUUUAUGGCAGUUGUCUAUUUACUGAGUGAAUGCAUCGGAGCUUGUCUGGGUUUUGGUCUGUUGAAGUUCAUCACUCCAAGUGACAUUUUUGAUUUUGGUGUGGACCCUGCUGUUGGUUUGUGCUCAACGGUCCCUCAUCCAUCUCUGACUCAUUCGUGGCAGGCGUUCAUGGGAGAAUUCCUGGCUACCAGUUUCCUAAUUUUCCUGGUUUGUAGUGUUUGGGAUGCACGAAAUGCUGACAAAUCGGACUCUGUGGCACUCAAAUUUGCUCUCACCAUCGCUGCAAUUUCCAUAGCUGAAGGUCCCUACACCGGAGCAAGUAUGAACCCUGCCAGAACUCUUGCCCCGGCCAUUUUUAACAACGUUUGGACAAUGCAUUGGGUUUACUGGGUCGCUCCGAUCAGCUCAGGUAUCAUAACUGCCUUUAUCUACAAACACAUUUUCAACCGUAAAAGACGAACAUCCAUGGAUGAACCUAUUCAAAGCAUCGAUGACAUCAAUGCCGAGGUCCCGCUCACCGGUGUGAUUUCUUCAAAACACCCCUCCAUCGAGAAAAUUCAAGAUUCACCACUGACCAAAAGAAAAGCAAACAACUCAUGUGUAUUUGAGCCUCACGAGUUCAAGAACCUAAACACGAAGAAAGUAUGGCUGCUGCUGGCGAAAGGUCUAGCAGAGCUUUGUGGAACUGCAAUCCUGCUCAGCAUUGGCUGCAUGUCCCUGAUCUCAAACUCAGCUGGAGGUGUUCAGGAUCAUCUUAGCGUUGUCAUCUCUUUCUCAUUUGCCAUUGCAACUUCUAUUAUUAUAUUUGGACACAUCAGUGGCAGUCACAUCAAUCCUGCGUUGACGGCUGCCGACGUUGUGAGAGGUGAAAAAUCCAUAUUCAUGUUCAUCUACUACACUGUAAUGCAAUGUUUCGGUGCCUUUGUUGGAUACAGUAUUCUAAGGGUGCUUGUCCCGAACGAGGUGCUAGGUGAGAAGGAGGCUGGUUUCUGCUGCAAUGCCGUGGAUCCGCGAAUGAGCACGGCCCAGGCCGUUGGUGUGGAAAUGCUCAUCACUGGGAUUCUCUCCCUCGUUUUCUGCGCCGUACAAGACACGAAAAACCCUGAUGCCGGACAAACCGUCGCCAUCAAAUUCGGUGUUGUCUGCGUCGCUCUUCUCGUACCGGCGGCUCACUUCAUUGGAAGCAGUAUGAAUCCAGCAAGGAGUUUCGGCCCCGCAUUGUUCAGCAGAAACUGGAAGGAUCACUGGGUCUAUUGGAUUGGCCCAAUGAGUGGUGCUAUGAUUGCCGCCUACGUGUACACCCAUCUGUUCGCCCGCCAUCAUCCGUCCAAAAGCCGAAGCGUAAGCAGACAGCCAUCCGCCAGAAUCACCUUGCAGCACCAGCAGAAUCAUUCCGGCGAUGAAGUGUAAAUCUGUUCAACGACAACCGUCUCCUCGAGAAAAUAACUCCGCAACCACUCAAUACUUUAAAAAAAAAAUAAAAAUAAAAGUAAACAUUAAUCACUGCCAGAAGGA